AUGUUUGGGCGAAAGGAUCUUCUCAUCGACGACAACAUCGACAGCCUCCAUGCCAUCGAACCAGUCGAGACAUCGUCGCAAGUUACAAGGCUGCGGGACCUGUACGAGCAAAUACAGUUCAGGACCGGCUGUUUGGAGAGUCUUGGCGUGCCGUCUUCAGAGUACGCGGUUGUUUUGCACCGGGUGCUGAUGCGCUCAUUGCCAGAGGACCUGGCGAUCCAGUACCGAAAGCGCACAAAGACCGGCACAGACGCCGCGGACUCUGCAGUCCAAUCGAGAGACGAGCAAGUCAAGGCAAUCUUGAAGUUCCUUCAAGUGGAAGUCGAAAGUAGAGAGGAGAGUCGAGCGUCACGCGAGAAGGCCACUUCAGGGAGACCAUCGACGAACCGCAAGGCUGCGGACACCUCAUCACCGCCACAUCUACCGUCGGCUCCAGCCCUGACAGCACGGUCAUCAUCGCCAGGUGCCACUUCAAGGCUUGCACAGACAAUAUGUCCCCUCUGCGGCAUCUCAGGCCACUUGACGCAUGACUGCGGGGCCGCGCUAUCUGCAGAGGAAAAGCACCAGCGUCUUUCCAGCAAUAGCUGCUGCUUCAGGUGCGGAAAGCAAGGGCACAUUUCUCGCAUUUGCCGAACCGCAGCCUGCCUUAAGUGCGACCGAUGCUCAGGAAGCCAUAUUUCUGCUCUGUGCGUCAUCUGGGGCCGACUAGGAUCAGACAGUCCACAAUCUACUGGAGCUGAAACCCGAGAGGCAGGCACACAGCGAGAAAAGCGCGUAACAACGGCUCCUGCUAGCAGCACGCGUUCGUCGUCAGUGUUGCUACAAACAGCCGCAGUGUGGGCAUCCGGAACCCGUGUCCGUGUACCAGUGCGACUGGUCCUUGACAACGGCAGCCAUCGAACGUUCAUCCGAAAAGACUUGUCGCAGCAGCUUUGCCUGCCUUCCACUGGAUAUGAAGAGAUGGAUGUCUAUACAUUCGGCGGGUCAGAGCACCCACGACAUUACCAGUGCCAAAGGGUGAACGUCACGCUCUGUGGACGUAUUGAACCGAUCGUCGUCGAUCUUGAAGCUCUGGAGGUGCCAGAGGUCUGCACCGUAAAGGGUCCAGCUUCAGUGCCAAACGUUAUCAAUAUGAUGCGUGACCGCAAUCUGGCCUUUGCUGACGAAGUUCAAGGGGACCAACCUCAAGACUCUACGAUAAGCGUCUUGAUCAGUUCAGACAACUACUGGAGGAUAGUGACCGGACGCGUCGAGCGCUUCACCGACAAUCUGUGUGCAGUUGAGACCAUAUUUGGCUGGGUCAUACAAGGAAUGUACGCUAACGUGUACCAUCCUUCGACACUGCGUAACAUCAGUGCAACUGUGCCUUGUUCCUGGCUUGUUCCGACGACUGGCGCACUGAAGAACGACCUGGAGACGUAUCAGAGAUGUGGUGCUUGGACGCCAUCAGUAUAA